ACUAAAACAUCAUAUAUUUUAGGGGGAUUUCAGACAAGAGGAGCUGUAAAUCCCUUAUAAAGGGAUAUAAUAGUUCAACAACGCUAUAAACCAGUGAGAAAAAAUAUAAAUAGUCAAUCUGUGAUUGCAGCAACUAUAUGCGAGGACUGAAAAAUGGUUUAUAUACAAUUCAUAAUGAGCAUCGGCUGCGUAAUUGCAGCUGCAGCCGCUGCAAUUUAUUUUAGUAUGCCUGCAAGGGUGCCCUCUUAUCAGUCCAACACAGGCAGACGUCCCAAUGACGACGACGAUAACGAUAGUGGAAGACAAUGCAAAAAAGAUGGCAAAGCGCAGCGUUUUCGAGCCAGCAAACCCGGCGACAAGUGCAUCAUUUGCCUAAAGGUAAUGACAGCCCAGACGAUGCAUAUAAUGAACUGCGGUCAUGCGUUGUGCGAAGCUCCAUGCUUUGCACAAUACCGCGAGUGGGAUCGCUACUGUCUGUAUUGCGAAAAGCUUGUAAUACGCAUCAAUGUGCCCGGCGAUGACUGCUGCAUCUGCUGCGAGCCGAUGUCGCCAGAAACCAUUGAGUACUUGCCGUGUGAGCACGCUCUACACAAAAUAUGCCUGAAGUCAUAUAAGAAAGAAAAUUACAAAACUUGUCCCCUUUGCUCAAAGAAACUUUAGCGACUUUAUAGACAAAAGAUAAUGAAUACAAUAAUGAGAACUAAAGCAAUAUCAAAACACUAAGGCGCACACUUAGCUUUAUAUAUAUAUAUGCAUAGUUAUUAUGAUAUCAAUAGGUUAAGUGCCUUCUUAUAGUGUUUACAAAUUUUAUUGAAAACAAUAAACGCUGUCUAAGUUUUU